AUGUCGACCACAGAGACAGCAGUCUACUUUUUCCGCGCUUACAUCACUCCGACUCUUCUGAGUAUCGGAAUUCCCUCGAACCUCUUUGUCUUCAUCGUAUUUGUUCGACUGCAAAAACGCCAACCUUGUAGAUUUAAUAUCUACGUAAUGUACCUGGCUAUAGCGCAUAUAUUUCAAUGUGUUGGUGAGUCGUUGUUGGAUCACUUUAUUGGUCGUGGACUCUGGUUCGCCUCUGGUUGUACCAUCGACUUUAAACUCGACACUCAAUCACUCUUCGCAUGCAAAUUUGUCUCCUAUUUGCCGACAGCAACAGAGUUACUUGCAGCAGUCACUCUAGUCUCCUUCACAAUCGACAGAACCGUCACCAUCUACCGUCCAAUCCAUUCUCGUGGUGACAUUCACCUAAAUUAUGCUCGUCUGGGGCUGCUGCUCGCUUUUUUCUUCACUUUCGUCUCAUUCAUCCCUGCCGCGAUCUACUAUACACUGGAACGCGCACCCGACGGUAGAUUACGAUGUGCUCUUGUGGAACCCACCUCACCUGGACCACGAUAUGUCAUUCUUAUGUCUGUCAUCUGCUCCUACACCGCGCCCACCAUCACCAUCCUCGUUCUCAAUGUCCUCAUCUGCCACAAACUCAAGCACCUUAUCCGCAGCGGUGGUAUCAAAUCAACCACCUCGUAUAAACACAAACUCGAGAGACGUCGCAUCCUCGGUCACCUGGGCGUCUGCUCAUUCUUCCUCUGUCUGUCGAUUCCGCUCGUGAUUUGUAUGGCCCUGCGUCAGUACUCCGACGCCAAAAACUACUCCGAAACCGCAAAGGAGUUCCACAAGGAGAUUGUCCAACUCACCAAGUUCUUCAGCUCCUUCACUGCUAUACAAUACUCCACAGAUAUUAUCAUUUACUUCGUAUUCUUGCCCAAUGCGCGUUCAGAGGCUCUACGUCUACUUUGCGGCUGUGAGCGGCUCCAGAGGUUCAGUCUAGUUCGCCGAAUUUACACGAAACAUGUGAAGGAUAGUUUGCAGGAACGACGCUUGAAGAUGUCUACUGUAAUGACUCGUAUGCACGACCCUAGAGGCAAUGACAGAGGACGCUCCCCGUCCAACGAGUCGGCGUCCAGCACUUCCGAAGUACCCAAAUGA